AAACGCUGCAGUAUUUCCGGCCAGCUCAGCGCGUCUCCCCUGUGGUGUUGUCACUUUUACAGCCCGCCCGUCAGUGCUAACGCCGCUGCCAACCAGCUGGGACUUUUCUCCGGGCCGUGGACACACAGCGGGACACUUCGCAGAGAUGUUGCUGCUGACGAUGAUCGCUCGGCUGGCUGACGGUCUGCCGCUGGCCGCUUCAAUGCAGGAGGACGAGCAGGGAAGCGAGAAGGUGGGUCGAGACCUUCAGCAGUACCAGACUCAGGCCAAGCAGCUUUUCAGGAAACUCAACGAACAGAGUCCCACACGCUGCACCUUAGAGGCUGGAUCGAUGGCGUUUCACUAUUUCAUAGAACAAGGAGUUUGCUACCUUGUGCUGUCGGAAGCCAGCUUUUCCAAGAAGCUAGCCUUUGCGUACCUUGAAGACCUGCAGGCAGAGUUUCAUGAGCAGCACGGAAAGAAGGUCCCCACAGUGUCCCGUCCUUAUUCCUUCAUUGAGUUUGACACCUACAUUCAAAAAACCAAGAAGUUGUACAUCGACAGCCGAGCCAGAAGGAACCUGGGCAGCAUCAACACUGAGCUGCAGGACGUGCAGAGGAUCAUGGUGGCGAACAUCGAGGAGGUCCUGCAGAGAGGGGAGGCGCUCUCUGCACUAGACUCCAAGGCCAGCAACUUGUCCAGCCUGUCGAAGAAAUACAGGAGCGACGCCAAAUACCUGAACACCCGCUCCACUUACGCCAAGCUGGCAGCAGGGGGCGUCUUUUUCAUCAUGCUCAUCGUUUACAUUCGCUUCUGGUGGCUCUGAGUGAUGAAGGAGGAGGAGAUGAGGAAGGAGGUAGAAAAGUGGAAAAUGAGCCGUGCGCAGCCUGCGGACGUGAAAAAGAAGCUUUCGCUUUUGAUGAACAACAAGAUCCCUGCUUCUUAAGGAGACUUUACAAACAUACUGUCCCACUGCUCUGUCCUCACCUUGUCCACGAGUGGGUGUCUGAUCUGAAGCUAAAUGAUGUCCGAAUGCUUUGUUUUAUUAUUAUCAUACCGUAUAAUACCCUUGAAGUUGCCCCGCAUUUCAGAGUUAACGAGUUAACGUGCAAGUCUCUGUGUGUAUGUGGGUUGGCUGUUUUUGAAGGUGAUUUGUGGGUAAGUGACGAGAAAAAAAAAGAAAAUUUCCUAUGUUAUAAGUUUCUAAAGCUAUUCUGUACUAUAAAUGAGUGUGUGGCUGAAGCUUCUGUAUGUCUAAUUAUACAGAUGAAAGAAACUAAUCACCUUCUUUUUCUUAGAAGCCUGAUCACAUCACUUUGGCAGUUCUGUUCAUUUACUAUAUGAUUAUAGUAGGGAUAGCUUUACGGAUUAUACUCCGAAUUCAUAAAUAAUUAGGAAAAUGUAAAUAGAGAUACAUAUUAGACACAACAAAGGAAAAUGCAGAACUUCCUAUUGUUAAGGCAAGUAAAUAAACCAUUCUGAUUUUUGUGUUUUUUCACUUUUUUAGGGGAUGCUAAUGACAAUAACAGUAAUUAAGAUAAUCUGCAGCUACAGCUUAAUUUGGCUCAAAUUCCAACCUUAAUUUCAGCAUUUUAUUACAAAGUAAGAACACCUGCAUGUGGAUAUUCGCUCAUGAAGUUGCUUCUUAUUGUGCGCAGAAGACAACAUCACUAGAGAUGCACCGAUCCAUCCACCACAGAAAGGAAUCGGACCGGUUUUCCACGAUGUGCAAACAGCAGAUCAGGGCUUUUAAAAGAUCUGUUUCCCGAAGUGCAUCAAAACUAAGAGUUCAUGCUUUUCUUGGCUUGUGAACUCUCACAGGAUGUACUUAUUUACACCUCAUAAAUCAAGCAUACAUGACUGUUUGACAUUUAUAUUAUUUGGAGAAAGAAAAAGCCAAUAUUGGUAGGUUUGACCCUGAGAAAACUGCAAAAGCCUGAUGGGUGCAUCUCUAACACGACAACCUUUUUUUUUGUUUUUUCUUUAAUAUGUCAAAUUAGUCAAUAUAUUCACUGGACUCAUAUUAUUUUACAUCAGUUCUGUCUCAAGUUUUCAUUCUGUCAUCUCUUAUCACAUUACAUUUUUAUAGUCACCUUUUGAGAAGACUGCAGCGGGAGUAUUCAAAAUUUUAGGUUUACCGUAAGUGAAAUCACUUCCACCAGCCUCUGUGUUGUAAGUUAAUAAAUUACUUAAAGCUGCAAUCUAUGUAAUCCAUUUCUUAACGUUUAUGCAUUUCCUUUUUAUAGCUGAGAUUAAUAAGUUGGAACUAAGAAGAAAUGGAAAGUGCUGUUUGAUGUAAUGGCACCCCUGAACUGUAAGCAGAAUAAAUGCCAAAAUAAUAAAUUA